AUGCCGAAAGGAAAUAAUUGUUUACUUCCUCCGAAUCAAGAAGAGGAUGAUGAUAAUGUUAAUUCACGAAACCUUCUUUUAAAUUCUUCUGGACCUGAUAAAACUUUUAAGGCAAGUUCGUACAAAACGGUCUCUCGAUUUUCAUCUUCGAUUAUAGAAAUGUAUUGUGCUUAA